GAAGUGUGUUCAUCAAAUUCCCUUUGGUGAUAACAAAAACACAAAUUACUCUCUUCAAUUCAGGCAUUGAAGUGAAAUGGCAGAACACAACAAGCUUGAGAAGAACAAUAUGGAAACACCAGACAAAAGGCCAUGCUUCUACAAAAUCAUAUGGCUAACCAAUUGCACGAAUUUGAGGAUCCCGCCAAAAUUCGAACGCCAUCUACCACCGAACAUCGAAAAAUCCGAAACCGCAACACUAAAGACUCCCAAUGGGAAUUGGAACGUAAAACUCGUGCGAAAACCGGACGGCAUAUAUUUCAUGAGCGGCUGGAAGAAGUUCGUGAGAUGCCAGUCGUUGGGCCAGGCCGAGUUCUUGAUCUUCAAAUACAACGGUAGCCUCUCCUUUGAUGUGGUGUUUUACGACCCAAACGGGUGCGGAAGAAACUAUGGGCCGGGCCCAUAGUUUUGUGGAGGUUGGAAGGCCUUUGCGAAUGAUAACUCGAUAAAGAAAGACGAUGAGUACAUUUUCGAGCUGGUCAAGCCGAAGACAAUGAAGGUCCACAACUUUAGGCACAACUAAGAUGUUGUAUGGGCUUUUUCUUGAACACAAUGUGUAAUGUAAUUAAGUAACGGAACCCCCAUUUUCUUUUCUUGUUUUUUCUCUUUAUGGUAUAUAGUUCCGAGUUAAGAAGAAAAUUUAUCUACAGUAGGCCUGUAAACGAGCCGAGC